AUGGCUGAACAAAAGAGCCAGAGAAAUUCCAUUGUGGAAGACGUUUUCAUCCCUAAAGAACUGCUUACGACCGCCAAAUUCAAUUCACCAUGGGAAUUGGCUCGAUGGGAACAGUCCCUCCCCGACAACAAUCGUAUAUCAUAUCCUGCAUCAAGCCAGUCCAGCUCCAGUCGUCCCCUCAGUCUAUCCGCUCUACGAUCUGUAACAAGACCACGAUCUGCAAUUUGUCGGCCCCGCGGACGCAGUGAUCCCCCGGCGUUUCAGGAUGGUCUGUUUGAUUACUUUGAGAAACCCGCCUUCGAACCCGCAACUCCAAUCCUCGAAACCGAAGCAGUAUCAUCACCUCCACAUGCAAAAGUUAGCCCUCAGCCACUUAGCAAGACCGGCUCUCAAUCUAUUUCCAGUGGUGAUAGCAGUCUACAAGAAGUUUAUGAAAAGGCAAAAUUGAGAGGUGUUGCUAUCCAACGAAAACAUUGGGUGCGACUCUUAUUUGAAUGGAGUAUCUAUGUACUCCUCGUUCUCUUCGUUUAUUUCGUCCUUGUCGGUAUGCCUCUAUGGAAGGGUGCAGUGUGGUGGUUAUACUGGGUUGUCCAAAACAAAUUCGUUAUCCAAGGAGGAUAUGCCAUUGUGAUUGGAUUGGCCGCACUAUAUGCCUUCUGUCCGCUCCUCAUUCUAUUUGAAAAAGACCCAAAACCACCUGCGGUCGAAGGACAGGACCUCGAACAAAACUCCGAUAAUGUCAAAUCAACAGCCCUACUUAUUCCCUGCUACAAAUCAGCCAGUAUCAUCGGCCCUACAUUGGACGCAGCCUUGAAAAUCUUUCCAAAGGAAAAUAUCUUCGUCAUUGCAAAUGGAAACUCCCAAACACCUCUUGACAACACAGAAGAAGUCUGCAAUCCAUACGGCGUCAAUCAUCUCUGGGUACCAAUUGGAUCGAAAAUCGUCGCCCAGUUUGUGGGCUGCUACGCUGCCAAAGACUUUGAAAAUGCCGUUCUCAUUGACGAUGAUUGUCUUUUGCCUCCUAAUUUCCCAAUUGUCAGUGAUCGGCUCAAAGGCCGUGUUCGGUGUAUUGGUUAUACCAUCAAGAGUGUUGGUCCGAACUCCUCCAAGGGAACAUAUUGUCAGCAAGCACAGGAUCUCGAAUAUAAGAUGUCCGGUCUUCAACGAGACUUCUUUGGAAAAUGCGGCAGUGCAACAUUCCCUCACGGUGCUAUCUCACUUUGGAAUCUGGAAUUCCUGAAGGCGACUUUCCAUGAACACCCCGGUUUCUCGGUCUCGGAAGAUUGGUUCUUCGGCGAUGCAUGUCGCCGUCUUGGCGGACGAAUUACUAUGUGCUCCCAGGUUUUUGUGGAAACUGAGACACCCUCUUCGGUGUUUAUUAGUGGCAGUGGCAGUCGUGGCGGAUUUGGCGAAAUGACUAUUUUCUCGCAGAGAUUCAAGCGAUGGAAUUUCUUCUUCGUGAUUGGUAUCUAUUAUGAUCUCAAAUAUAUUUUCACCAGUUGGAAGCUAGGCUGGUGGGAACUCGGUGCGAAGCUUUGCGUAUUCCAAGAGGUGUACGAAACACUCAUCUACCUCCUCGCCCCCUUUGUCCUCCCAAUCUCUUUCAUCGUGCGCCCCGGAUUUUGCGGGAUGCUAUUAGGGGUAACGAUCGCUAUGUAUCUGAUCAACACGAUACUCUUCAACGAGAUCCACCUCCGUCUCAAAAAGGAGCGCGUUGACUGGAAGGUUCUUUUCUUCUACUAUACAUUCUACAAGAUCGCCUUGACAGUCAUCAACGUCUUCAGCUGCUACUGGUCUCUCUACAAGUACGCUCGAUACUUCGCUCAGCGUCACCCGAAGGUUAUUGAAGACCGACAGGCUGUAGAGGUUCUUCUCAGUCUUGAGCAGGAUAGCCGACGCUCGUCGAUGGAUGAUGAUGUUAUUCCGCUCGAUGCCCAGGUUGGAGAGGUUGGACGUGGAUUGGGACGGAAGUUGACCUUGACCAAGGUGCAGGCUGGCAAGAAACCCGCACGCCCUCAAUCUCAAUAUGAGGAGAAGUCUACCCAAGGUGGUUGGAUAUAG